AUGCCUGCACUCGUGUUCCGGAGUCGUCAUCCUUUCCGCUUAAUGCGCAUGAAGUCUUCUACCGCCAGCAAGGAGGGAUUUAGAGCCGAAAAAGACGUUAAAGAAGAAUCUUUACAGCAAGAUUCAGCAUCACCUUCAAAUACAUGCACUGUUGAGGAAAAAGCACAACGUAUGGUUACCGAAGUCUUUUUGCAAAAAGACACCGAGGAGGUAAUGGAGGCCGUUAGAGAUAUGCGCCGUAGUGUUAAUUCUGCAGUUGUCGAGCGGUAG